AUGGAUGGUCGGGGUUCUCUUUAUUCGAAGUCCUUGGCACUUGCAUCAACAGAAGAAACUAGAAAUGCUAAGGUGAUCCGUCGAUCAUCUAAUUAUCACCCCAGUGUCUGGGGUGAUUAUUUCAUUGUUUCGACUACUGAUAUGAAGCCCGAUCCUGAAGUUGAGAAGCGAAUUGAAAUGCUGAAAGAAGAUAUCAGCCAGGCCUUACAGUCAAUUUACAACAACUAUGCUGAUAACAACAAUAUUAAUGGUAGUGAUGACGAUGAUCUGUAUACAAAUGCUCUUCGCUUCCGGCUUCUAAGGCAACAAGGUUAUUCUGUGUCAUCAGAUGUAUUCAAAAAGUACGUUGAUGAUAACGGUGAAUUUAAGGCCACAUUGGCAAAUGAUGCAAGAGCUUUGUUGUGUUUGUUUGAAUCAUCGAAUUUGAGAAAGGAAGGAGAAGACAUAUUGGAACAAUUCCAACGAUUUUCUACUAGGCAAUUGAAAUCAAUGUUGCCUCACUUAAACUCUUCUUUCAUUGAGAAAGUGAAUUGCACCCUAGAGCUACCCUUGCACAAAAGGAUGCCGAGAUUAGAAGCAAGGCAAUAUAUCUCUAUCUAUGAAGCAAAUGCAGCUCGAAACGACCUAUUAUUGGAGAUAGCGAAGUUAGAUUUCAAUUCCUUACAGAAAUUGCAUCGGACAGAGCUCUGUGACCUCUCAAGGUUAUAA